AAGCUCGCAUCCGCUCCCCCGUUCUGGGCAUCAAAAUAUCGUGCCAUCGUCUGUGCAGUGCCGAGUUGGGACAAGUGCCAGGCACCAUGCAGCGGACACCACCACUGGCCGGGGUAGCCAUGCAAUGUUGGGGGGCUCGCUUCUCAGCUUCUCCCAGCUAAGCGGUUUAAAUCACACCCUGAUCGGGCCAGACCUCCCCCCCUCUGACUUGCUUAUCCGUGUCCACACCCAGUUCUCAGUCGCCGUCACUCACUUUCUUUUCGCGUCACCAAGCUGAUUGUCUCUCGUUCUUUGUCUCUCGUUAAUCUCAGCGCCUCAAGGCCAUGGUCACACGAUUAGCCCUUGUGUAGGCGCUCUGUGGUGGACUUGGAUCUGGAAAAUGCACCUUGCGGAGGAUGGAGGUUUGGAGAGGAGGCAGUGGGGAAGCAAGAACAACAAUGACAGGCCGUGGUGGUGCUACUUCUGGCCCCCGGCGUGUCAAACAUCGACAACCCAUGGCGGUGGAGGGAGCACCCCGACAACAAGUACAAGGCGGCAGACAUCGACGACGACAAAACCGAAUAAUCCGCCCCCAACAACCACGCCAAGGACCACUGCGGUGCCAACUACGCCCGCCGCUACCCAGCCUGGUGUUACGCCGCCGGCUGCCACGCAUUCCACAAAAGAGGACCCCCAACCUCAAGUUCAACCUAAUCCCUCCCCGACCACGGAAGCUCAGUCCUCACCACCAAUGGACCAACCGGCGCCAACUACCAACGGGAAUCCGGGCCCGGACACCACAUCGGUAGAUCCCGUAGUAGUGCAGCCUGGUCCCAGUAUCAGCGGGGGUACACCCGGAAACGGAAUUGAAAAUGACGCGGAUCCGACGGCCACCCAAGGCGUGGACACGGGUCCUGGGGUUGGUGAUAAGGACGGGAAUGGGAAUGGAACGGGGAACGGGGUAUCAGGUUCUCCAGGAGGCACAGGGGACGAUACUUCGCCUGGCUCGGGAUUCGGAAACCAGCCGGGACAAUCCGGGGUACCUACCGCAUUUGACCCCUCGGCGUCGGUGGUACCUGGCACGACUGGAAUCGGCGGAGGAAGUGUUGGCGACUCGGGAACGGGCGCUGGGACGAGCGGAUCUCGUGCCGACAAUGCGGGAGCUUCCGGCGGCGACCUUUCACCAGGCGCAAUGGCGGGAAUCAUCGGUGAGACAACGUCCUCAUCUUUAGCAUCCACCGUGGACUAACCAGGACAGUGGGUCUCCUGCUCCUCCUCGCCCUCUUCGCUUUCCUUCUUUACCGCUUCAGGAGGUCACCUGUUGUCCAACGAAUGCUCGCCCCGUUGAGCAAACUGGCGGGAGGGGGCCGUGACUUACAC